AAAUCCCCUGGGGACCCAGAACCCAGCACAGGCUGAACUCCAAUACCCAGUGCUCUGGACCAGCCGCCUAGACAGACAGACAGACAAACGGACAGGGGAAGAGAGAAGAUGGGGCCAGUCGCCUACUUCAGCCUCUGCCUCCUCGGCUGCCUGAUCUUUAACCCCUCGCUGGCCGCUUCUAACCACGGUGUCCUGUCCACACCAUUGCCCCCUGGCACCCUCUCUCUCAACGGGGCAAAGUCCUGUCCCAACGGCUGGCUACCCUCCCACAGCAGCUGCUAUGGAUACUUCCCCGAAGAGAAAAACUGGAUGGAGGCUGAGGUUCACUGCCAGCACCAGAGGAACGGGGCCCAUCUCGCCUCCAUUCACAGUGCUGAGGAAAAUAACAAGCUGGCUAAGUAUAUCAAGGAGAAACACAAAAAGGAAAGUGCUGUCUGGAUCGGACUCUCAGACUCUCAGAAGAAUCGAGGCUGGAGAUGGGUCGAUAAAUCCCCGUUCAGUUUCGAAGCUUGGGAUGAGGGGCAACCCAAUUAUUUGAGAGGAAUAGAGUUCUGCGCAGGGUUGCAUCCCGGUAAAGGUUUUCAGAAAUGGCACGAUUAUCCCUGUGAACACAGACACGCUUUCAUUUGUAAGUGCGAACACUAGGGGAGGCAGCUUGCCUGGACCAGAGGGCUCCCAGUACCUGGGCUGUGAGUGAAUUGUGUCCCUCUGGCUCCCCGGGGAGACCAGAUCCUGUGUCUCCGGCUGCAAAGUCCCUUCUGCAAAACAUCGCUGAGUUACACUGUGUCACUCCCGCUCUGCUCUGCCCCCUUCUCUCCCUGUGGCACCCACACUCUGCUCUUCUCAGCCAUCUCAGCACAGUGCAGUGAUAAUAAACUUCCC